AUGAUACCAUCUUUAAUCGAGAGAUACCGUCUACCAAUGGAGAUGGACCAUUACACAAGCCAGAUAUUGACAGGUCACGGUGAUUUCCGUGGAAAGCUGUUCUCAUUCAACCUAGUAGACUCACCAACGUGUGAGUGCGCCCUCGGAGGCUCGGAGACGGUAGCACACGUCCUCCUGAGGUGUAGGCGCACUUCAGAACAAAGAGAAGAACUAAAGGAAGUGCUUCGCAGGGAAGACCAGGUAUGGCCUCCGGAAGAUGGAGUGUUCCUUAGAUCUAAAGGACUAUACGAGGCCCUACGCAAGUUCGCAAGAGAUAGUCUUAGAAAUCGAACCGACAGAUAA